AUGAAUUCAUUUAUAAAUAAUCAACCGUUUAAGAAGUCCAAAUAUCGAGAUUUUAAAAGAUACUUGAACGUUAAGAAGACCGUUGAUUCCUUAAUGACGAAAGUUAAGAAAUUCCAUUCGAAAGGUGUUGAAAUCGCAACCAAAAAGGCAGCAGAUAGUAAACCAUCAAAUUAUAUAAAGGUUACAAAUGAUGAUAGGAAAAAAAGUAUUUUGUGUGUAGUCGGAAUAUUGAUAGGAUAUGGAAUUUUAUACACAUUUUACAGCAAAUGGAAGAGAGAAAAUGAAAUGAAGAGGGUUCAACAAUCUAUUGAACAAUAUGAAAGAGAUAAAUUGGAAUAUAUUGAAACGGGACACACUAGAUAA